GGUGUUGCGGGGUUUAAGAGAGACGCUGCUGCCUCCCCAGGCUUGUCCGCACCGAAAUAAAAUCUUUCUACAAGCAACAACAUUACGAAAUGUCAGCAGCACGCGCUGAAAUCCACACACUAUAUCGCAACUACCUUCGGCUAGUACGAGACUGGCCUGCUGAUAAGGUACGACCCAACCGCGACAUGAAACAAGUGUUGGCACAACGCGUCGAAGAGACUUUUCGACGACCAUUGGAAGACGACAGUGUACCAUUCAACGUAAAAGAUGCCCAAAGUCAGUUGGAAGCAUUGGAAAAGCUGCUCAACAAUGAAUACAAAAAUAAGUAUCCGUUGUCCGAUAAAAUUCUGUCACCAGCAAGCAACCCUAAUUAUUACGCUCGAUUGGUGUCGUCAUUAGGCGCUACAAAGGAUACGGAAAAGAAGAGUCCAUUGGCCAAACUUUUUGAUAUCCAAGGCGGAGCGUUGUAA